UCAUCUGCACGUGACUCGGACGAAGAUGGCGUCUUCGAGGGAUAGUAUCACCGGUACGUCGAAGUUUACUACACACGCUGCAGCAAUUUUAAGAUCUGAGUUCCCUUACCCUGGUGACGCCCACCGUCCACUUCUAAACGUGAGCCAGGAAUGCUAUGAACAAAUCAAACACGUGAUUCAGAAGACAUAUCCCAAAUGCGAUAUUUUUAAAAUACAACAUGUUAACGCCCCAGAGAUGUAUGGAAUGUACCUUUUACGCAAAGAGGAAAUGCGGUUGUCCAAUGGAGGAAACGAUGUCAAGGAGAGAAUUUUAUUCCACGUGACUUCCGAGGAUAAUGCCAUCGAUUCGCUAAUACAUGGACUCAACGGGAGGCGCAAUCAGUUCCUCAGAUUCGGGACCGGAGUGUCUUUUAGCAACAGCGCUGCCUACAGUAACUAUUACGCUGAACAAUCCACUAAUAAAGUGGGAGUACGAGUGAUUAUCUUGAGCUAUGUGCUGAUGAAUGCUAUGCUUUGGGUGAACGAAAAAGAGUUUUCAAGAAUGGACAUGACCAUACCUCCCUGCAUGGCAGACACUAUAGUGAGCGGUAACGAAAGCUUUUACGUGAAGUACAACGACUUCGAGUCGUAUCCGUUUUUUUUUGUUUACUACCUUUGGUCUCCGAAACUUUUAAAUGAAUGCAAAUAUUUCAACGACGUUGUCAAAACUUUGAGGGCAGAAGAAAAGGCGCUGUGUAAGGAAAUGGCAUAUGUGCGCCUUAACCCCGAGUCUAAAGACCGGCAUGAAAUAAGUCUACUCCGAAAUGCCAGCAAACAACGCCAUGCAGUGGAGAAAGCGGAAGCUGAAGCCGAAGGUGCCGCCUUGCUGAAAACCCCAAACAAAAACACCAGAAAGCGACGUCUUGCAGUGGGCAAAACGGAAGCAGAAACUGAAGCCGGCGCUUUGCAGAAAUUUCAAAACAAAAACUCCAAAAAGCGAAGCCUUGCAGUAGACAAAGCAGAAUCGAACGCCAAAGGUGCCUCUCUGAAAUGCCCAAAGAAGAACACCAGAAAGCGACGCCAGCCAAUGCUGGAGCCAAAGUCAUCAAAACGUCAAAAAAGAAACCGGAAAAAGUGACUCCUCCGCACACCAGCUGAAACUGAAGCCUCCCCAGCCCCAGACUUACUGGGACGCCGAACAGAGACGUUAAAAAACGUAUUCAUUUCUCGUCACUCGUCUGUUGACUAUGAUUAUAUAAGUGUAUACUUUCUGAUAAUUAC